UUUUUUUUUUCCUCUUAUCUUUAUAUCUAUCAUGGCACGUACCGUACAAAAUUUCAUCAGAAAUAAAAAACUACAAAAACAACAAAAAUUACUGCAACAAGAGCAAGAUGCUGAUACAGACGAUGAACAACCAGCGAACAAGCGACAGAAAAAAGCUAUUUCUAAACAGACUACCAAACGACGCCAGGCUAAGGACGAAAAGAAAGAAAAGCAAACUGCCAACCAAGGUCGAAAAGAAGCUCUUCAACUAGAAAACCCAAAUCGCAAACCGUGUCCCACAUGUAUCGCUGCUGGGCGUCAUGAAUUGGCAAAAACUCAUUCACGCUCCUCAAGUAAUUUAUGUCCUGAUCAGAAAAAACGACAAAAGGUCAAGAACGAAGAACUUUCUGGUGCUCCUCUCCGAACUCACACGAUCAAACAUGGCCUGUAUGGUUUACUCCUAGAUAUGACCGAUGACGAAAAGACUCAGUUUGUUCAAGGUGUGGAAACUGUUGUGGAUUUCAAUCGCCAACUUGUGAUCAAGGGUCAUCUCUUUUUAUUAUAUUUCUUCACAUAUCGUCUUGAUGCCGGGUUACCUUUGCUCUCAUGUUUCUUUCAACAAGCUUUCUUCUAUGGUAUCUUCCAGUUACUACUAGGUGGCAAAUUCACCAAUCAGUCGACUUUCGAUGCUGCAACACGUGAUAAUAUCAAUUUUGUAUUUCGUCGAUUUAUCCAGCAAUUUCCUCUGGCACGAUGUGAAAAGGUGUCCUCCCCUAUUGGUCGAUCUCCAAUUGCUUUCAGUGCAUAUUUACAAGGCCGCCUUCGACGCAUGAUUCCUGAACUGACACAAAAUCAUGCUAUGCGGUUUGCUCACUUUGUUUACCAAUCCACCGUCAAUGAUGACAAGUUCCCUCCAGUUUGGCCAGAAAUUGAAUACGAUCCAGCUAUUGACGACAAGCUCAAUGAAUCACUGUUGACGAUCAUGGAUGAAGCAAGUACCGAAUGGAACAAUAUACAUGAAUUGAUUACUACGGAAGAAGCUCGACGUCGAAGUGUACAAGCAUCUCGUGGCUCGUCUAUAGCUAGCUCAUCGACAGACCCACUCCCGGAGUCAACGGACAUCCCGUCUCCAGCCUCAAGUGUAGGAAGUAUAGGUAUGACACAACUGGACCUUGAAAUACCAAAUCCUGUACAUUCAGCGAAAUCUAUUACGACUGCAACAAUCUCCUCCUAUCCAGAAUUUUUCUUACCUGUCAUGUUUGAUAUCUUACGCAAGAUGGAACAAUGGAAUCAAAUAGACUCUCAACUACCGGCCAUACCUCAGAAUGAAGCAAAACGCACGUGGACAUAUCAUCUUUUAUCUGGAUUGCCUGAAUGGACACGAUUAGACCAUCGCCGCCGAUCAUCGUUGACUCGCGCUAUUACAAAUAUUAUCAAUGAAGGUGCACGAUUUAUUCCAGAGAAAUUACCUGCUGGCUUCAGCGCUGAAUCUAUUAUGCAUAUACAAAACGCCAUUACUACAGCACAAACAGAGAUUCGCGAAGGAAGAUUUGCACCACCAGUAUAUCUGACAAAGCAGCAAGCAAGACUAUUCACUAUCAUACCCAUUCCAGGACUCACACGCAAAUAUAUACACAUCGAUCAUCAAUCUCUUGGAACAGUACUAAAACAUUUUGGUCUAGGACGUUUGGCUAGCCCAUCUUCUACACCGAUCCCACCAAAUCAGCCUCACCCGAAUUUUAAUAUGUUUGACUUGCGGAAGCUUAAAAGGUAAGAAAAGAAGAAGAAUGAUCUAGUACUAAUCUGGUUUUGUUUCAUUGAACUAGACAUGGAAUUUUCGAAAACAGUUUUACGACAGAUGGCUAUGCAACCUCCUUUCCCUUCAAAAAAAUAGUGAAUCAAGACCGAUUGCCUUCUCU